AAAGCAAAAACGAUUAGAUACAUAUUUAUAUGGAUUUAGCUGUUUACGUAGCUUCAAAAACACUCAAGUCUUAUCUAGUUUUUUUUUUUUAAAUAAACGAAGCCUUUUGAUUGGCAUUGAAAUAAAAUAAAAGCUGAGGGAGAACAGAAAAUCAAUCAGUUUAAAAUUGAAAUUCAAACAGCGCUAUUUAACAGCUAAGAUAUUAGUGUGCAAAAAACAAAAUGUCUGCGACAUUAAUUUUCGUAUCGCUUCUCGCGACUCUUGUGGCCACUGCCUAUUUGUACGUGAAAAAUUCAUAUUCAUACUGGAAACGCAGAGGAAUUCCUUACAAGACACCAUCGUUUCCAUUUGGCAAUUUCCCGAAAACAUUCAUGUCAAAAAAGUGUUUGGGCGAAGAGCUUCAAGACAUUUACAAUGAGUCGGCGGAGCCAUUCAUUGGUGUUUUCACAUCGAUUCAACCCGCACUUUUGGUUCGUGAUCCAAAAAUUAUCAAAGAUAUUAUGAUUAAAGAGUUUCAAAGUUUCGGUCACCGUGGAAUCAACGCCAAUGUGGAUGUUGAUCCAAUGGCUAACAAUAUUCUGCUACAGACUGAUGAAAAGUGGAAACGAGCUCGUGCACAAUUUUCUCCGGCAUUUACAUCCGGGAAAUUAAAAGGAAUUUUCAAUACGAUCGUUGACUGUGGAAAAUCAUUAGAUAAAUACGUCGAUCGUUUUGCAAAUACCGACAAAUCGGUUGAAAUGCGCGAAUUAUUUGCCCGAUUCGCAACGAAUGUAAUCGUAUCGGUCGCUUUCGGCCUCGAUAUUGACUGCAUCGAAAAUCCUGACAAUGAAUUCCGAAAACACGGAGAGGAAAUUUUCCGGCCUUGCCUCAAGAAUAUGUUACGAUUGAACCUUGCAAUUAUGACACCAACCUUGGCGAAAUUAUUCAAAAUCCGAUUUGCUGAUAAGGAAACUGGUGACUUUAUGAUUGAUGCUGUGCGACAAAAUAUAGAGUAUCGAGAACAGAAUAACGUGUCGCGAAAAGAUUUCUUCCAACUGUUGAUGCAGUUGCGAAAUACUGGCAAAAUUGAAGACAACGAUGAUGAUUGGACAGCCAAAUCCACUUCUGAUAGAAAAGAAAUCACUAUCGAAGAAAUGGCAGCACAUGCAUUCCUCUUCUUUGCUGGUGGAUUUGAGUCAAGUUCGUCCACAAUGUCGUUUUGCAUGUAUGAAUUGGCCAAACAUCCAGAAACUCAACAAAAAGUAUACGACGAAAUAGUCAGUGUACUUGAAAAACACGAUGGACAUCUAACGUACGAGGCUGUGGCCGAUAUGAAGUACAUAGGACAAUGUCUUGACGAAUCACUGCGACUACAUCCGCCUUUCCCAACUUCUGGUAGAGAGUGCACAAAAGACUUUAAGAUUCCCGAUAGUAAUGUCGUUAUUGAAAAAGGAACUACGAUAUUAUUAUCACCACUUGGCCUUCAAUAUGAUCCAAAAUAUUAUGAAGAGCCAAGAAAAUUCAAGCCAGAGCGAUAUAACCAGAGCGAAACGGCUAACAAAAGCUUCGAAGAAAUGCCGGACUUGGUAUUCGGCUUAGGACCACGCAAUUGUCUCGGCAUGCGUUUAGGACUGUUACAAUCGAAGAUUGCGCUCAUUUUACUGCUACAAAAGUUCAAAUUCGAACUGGACGAACGGCACAAAAAUACUGAGCUUAAAAUGAAUCCGACCAGCACAGUCUUGAAUCCAAUGGGCGGUUUAAAUCUGAAAGCUUCUCGUAACAAGUUAGCAAACGACAGAAUGUCAGCAUUACUUAUUGCCGUUUCGCUACUGGCGAUUCUCAUUGUAACCGCAUAUUUAUACGUAAAAAGUGCUUUCGAUCAUUGGAGACGCAAGGGAGUUCCGUUCAAAGAGCCCGUAUUCCCAUUUGGCAAUUUUGCAAACUCAUUUUUGCAAAAGAAGCAGUUUGGUGAAGUGGUUGCCGAUUUAUACAAUGGAACGUCCGAACCAUAUUUAGGAAUUUAUGCCGGUUUCCAACCAGGUCUUUUAGUUCGGGAUCCAAAACUCAUCAAAGAUAUAUGCAUCAAGAAUUUCCAUAGUUUCGAUCAGCGUGUAUUUCAAGUUAAUGUCGAAGCCGAUCCCAUGGCCGACAACCUUUUGCUUCAAAAUGGUGAAAAAUGGAAGAGAAUGCGAACACAAUUUACACCAGCAUUUUCGUCAGGAAAGCUAAAGGGAAUGUUUGAUACGAUUGUCGCCUGUGGAAAUUCACUUGAUAAACACAUCGGAAAGUUCGCCGACACCAACAAGGCCGUGGAAAUUCGAGAUGUGUUUGCUCGUUUUGCAACUAAUGUGAUUGCUUCGGUUGCAUUUGGAAUCGAUAUUGAUUGCAUCGAAAAUCCUGAAAAUGAAUUCCGAAAAUAUGGGCAGAAAAUAUUCAAACCAUCAUUAAGAAACAUUUUACGUGCAAAUAUCAAUGUGAUUAUGCCAAAAGUCUCAAAAUGGUUGGGUUUGAGGUUUGUUGAUAAAGAAAUCGGCGACUUUAUGAUCGAAACCGUGCGACAGAAUUUGGAAUAUCGAGAAAAGAACAAUGUUACUCGUAAAGAUUUCUUCCAACUUCUGAUGCAGUUACGAAAUACUGGAAAAGUUCAAGAAGACGACGAUUGGUCAGCCAAAGCAGAUUCCAAUAAAAAAUCAUUGACAAUUGAGGAACUAGCUGCACAAGCAUUCUUAUUUUUCGGAGGUGGAUUUGAGUCUUCGAGUAGUACUAUGUCAUUUUGCAUGUACGAAUUGGCAAAAAGUCCAGAAAAACAGCAAAAAGCCUAUGAAGAAAUCACCAAAAUUCUUGAACAACACGAAGGACAGUUAACUUACGAUGCUGUUGCUGACAUGAAAUAUGUGGAUUGUUGCCUUGACGAGUCAUUGAGAUUGCAUCCACCGUUUCCAAUUGGCACCAGAAAGUGUACAAAGAAUUUUAAUAUCCCCGACACGGAUAUAAUAAUUGAAAAAGGCACUUCAAUUUUCUUUCCAACACUUGGACUGCAAUAUGAUGAAAAGUAUUAUGAAGAAGCCGAAAAAUUUAAACCAGAAAGAUACUAUGAUCAGCAAAAAACCAGUAGAAACUUUGAAGAAAUGCCGGACUUGGUAUUUGGCUUAGGAUCACGCAAUUGUAUUGGAAUGAGAUUGGGUAAACUGCAGUCGAAGAUCGCCAUCGUAUUGCUGUUGCGAAAAUUCAAAUUCGAUUUAGAUGAUCAACAUAAAAACAUUGAACUCAAACUGAAUCCAAGAAGCAUUGUUUUGGCUCCAAUGAAUGGAUUGAAUUUGAAAGUCUACAGCCGAUGAGAAUGAAAUAAUAAAUAAAUUCUUUUUUUUUUCCUUGUACAAACUUCUUUUUACCAGAUUAUAUUGAGACUGACUGAAAGAAAGUAAUAAAAUCACAAAAA